AUGUCAAUCAGCUCUCCUGGUGUAAAGAAUGAUUGCAAUUUGACUGUCAAGUUCGACGACAAGAUCAUACUCGCGAUGCCCUUCUCGGUCAUCGCUCUCCGCGCGUACACACACAAUUUCACUAUAUUGUACCCAAAGGCCACCGCUGGUGUCCUCUGGGUGGGCAACAUUUGUAAAAACGACUUCAACGCUACACGGAGGGGGAAUGAGUACAACGCAAUCCGGAUUGACGAUGUAUCUUUUGCGCGCAUUGGAUGCGAUGAUCCAGCUCAAUCUAUCGCAAGUAUCACAUCGAUGACCUCUGUCUUGACCGUACCGACUGGGAGCUAG